AUGCACCCUCUAAAUCCUUUUCUUCGUGCGUUCUUCCGAAGCACUGUUCCGGGGCAGUGUAUACCCGUGGAGAACAAUGUCUUACUUGUUCCCACAACUGAAUGCCUUAUCGGGUCUCGCGAUCGAGAAUCUAAUCUGUACUACUCGGAUCUGGUUACAUCGGAGGAGUUUCUAGGGAGCCAUGUGCUGCGCAUGCCCCUCAAUUCGAGCUCGACGAAUGGGAAGGACGAAUCAAGUAUUCGGGAUAGUAGAGGAAAGGCAAAACAGGUGACUACCUUCAAUGGGAGGACUGUAAUAAUCAAAGAGAACUCAGUCUACAGCAAUAAGGGUAAGGACGAGCAUCUACAUCAUCGAGGAUCGCCUUUUGCUAACAUGGGUCAACCGCCAGGUUUCAAGUCACUCACCCAAGCUCAGCUCUUGUCCGAUGCGCUUUACUACACCCCGUCCAGCGAGUCCCGGCCAUGGCUCAUAUACUACAUUUCGCGCCCAUUGAUCGGGUUGUACGACCCCGCUAGAAUUAUCCCUGCUGCAGUACCUGGGACGGAAGUACGGAAGAUUGAGCCUGCCCCUGCAGAUAAAAAGAGGUCGAAUGGAGAGUCGGUAACGCCGUCAAAACAAGAAAUCAAGUCAUUUGCGGAGUUGCUAUCCAACUUUCCGAUGAUUGCACGACAAAUGCAACCAGGCCUGGAAAGACUGUUUCGUGAAUUUGGCAAAGAACUCGGCAAACCGCUACCUCCUCCGCCAUCGCGGUCACCCUCCGCAUCGGGUAGCGAAAACGAAAAUAAACUUACACGCACAGAGUUACUACAAGAUGAAAGCUCGUCCAUUCGAAGUUGGUCGUCUCGAAGGGGCCGGUUGCCAUUCAACUCAGAAGAGUAUUUUGAAGACGACGAAGAUCUGAUGCGCCGAAGUCUGGAGACAGCAGUGACCGCUGCAAUAGAUUUGUUUCGUCUGGUUGACAAGCAACAAUUGUCGCUUUUGGGGGCAACCACUGAUCUCACUGGUCCUCUGGUCGAGCGACUUAUUGAACAAUAUGUGGCCGAGCAAGUCCAUGAACCAUUGCUAUUCCCCCGUCUCUGUGCCUUUCGACAACCAGAGGAUUCUGAGCUGGACUCGAGGAUCCGACAUAUGGAGAGUAUCGAUGUUACCCAGGUGGGCAUCACAGUGGAAGGCGGACGACAAGGGAAGCGAGAACUUAUUCGUCGACUCAGCCGGGGUGUGGAAGAAUUUCGCAAAAUUACCGACGCCAAGAGUCCCCAUCAGAUGCUAAACACCCUCCUAGAGACUAUCAAAGUUGUCUCCUACCCUGGAAGUUAUGAUAAAGUUGAUGGGCUUGCGUCGGAGAAAGGACGACCUCCGCUGACCAUAAACGCCGAUGUUUUGGUAUCUUUGCUGCUGAUCGUCGUCAUAAGAUCACAAGUUCGCCAUCUGCAAGCACGGUUACUGUACAUGCAGCACUUCAUCUACAUUGACGAUGUGGAUAGUGGAGAGAUGGGAUAUGCACUGAGUACUUUCGAAGCAGUUUUAAUGUACCUUGUCACUGACUCGGCUGGUCUCCGCCGUGCAAGCACUCGAAACCGGCGUCUAUGGCAAGCGACUAAAGCAGGCAGGAUCUCAGAUAUGAAAGGCAUUCUCGAACCUAAUGGAGAUCAUGACUCUACCGAUGAAGCUGUUCCCCAGGAACCCGAGCGCAAAUCGGUUUUCUUCCAAACCGACAUCUCGGACGAACCAGAAGACUCACCUAUUGACACAUCUUCUAUGCUCAGUAGCUUGGCCAUCACAAGUGGAGAUUCGUCAUCGGAAGAGGCUAUCGUUUCAGAUGCGCCUCCGCUAUCCCAUGUGUUCCCUUUCCAGACAUGGGGCAAUGGAAAUUCGUCUUCCAAGGACUUCUAUCGGCCAGUCAAAAAGGUUUCAAUGGACGUGCGCAGCUUAUCCGAGUCCUCGGCCAUAUCGUUUCUCUCCAGGACAAAUACGAUCGGAUCUAUGACAAGCAAUAUCGAAGGCGACAGUUCCUUGGAGACUCUUACUAAAACACAGGAUCCAGCUGGGGAUUCAAUUCCCAUGAUGGCGGUGGAGUAUCGCCAGACAGAGUCAUUGAAGUACAUACUCAGCCUAGAAGAGUAUUAUCCCCUGGAGGAUAUUCUUGAAGAUACAAAUGUUGAUGGCACCACUCUUCUCAAUGCGGCUGUGCAGCUCGCACACAGCGAAAUUGUUGACAUCCUUCUGGAUUUCUUCUUCAGCAAAAGUGAUGAAAGAACGAUCGCUCUGUAUUUGACAAAAUCAGAUGUUCAUGGUCGUACUGUGGCACAUUAUCUGUUUAGCACACCUUCACUACUAUCUCGAUUGGGGCAUCUUCUCCCAUGGCGUCAGCGGGAUAAGCAUGGUCAGACACCACUUUUUGCUCUCUGUCGGUCUUACGAUCACCCUGAGUACAAGAUUAUGGUUGCGGCUGCUUUGACGGCUGCUCAGAGAGCUCAAAGCAAUGCAAAGCCGCUCCAGCUUGACGAUCAUGUCGAUGCCAAAGGAAAUACACUGCUCCACAUAGUUGGGGACCCUGAUAUCACGACACGGAUUCUUCAAGAGAGUGACUGCGAUCCGAAUGCCACAAACGAUAAGAGGUUUACACCCCUGAUGAUGGCUAGCAAAUAUGGACGAGUCGAUCAAGUGCGAAUCCUCUUUAUGGACCCGAGAGUUGAUGUUCAUGUGAAAGAGACUCGUGGGUUGACUGCGGUCGAGCUAGCGAAAGACGACGAGGUACGAAAUCGCAUUGAUGAUCUGAUUUUGUUAUCAAACCCGCCAUCUUCAUGUGGUGAUCCUUCUGGACGAGUGACUACGGUGGUGCGGUCAUUCUUUGUCGAAGACGCUACCGUGCGAUUUAUUCUCAAGUCUGGCGCACCAUUUCAAUCAUCAGAUUCCGUAGCAUCCUCUCGACCGGGAUCAACUACAUACACCGUUACCACAUGUCGUCGCAGUUUCGCCGAUUUCGAAAAUCUGGCCAAAUGGCUGGCAGUUGAACAUCCUGGAUCAUAUGUGCCGUCUCUGUCCGACUUCCGAAAUCCGUUCCAAAUACACUCCAAACCAUCGCGGUCAGUUCUUCACGACCUGCAAGAAAAGUUAGACCGGUUUCUCAAAACACUCCUGACCCAUCCUACUUUCUCCACUCACGAAAUGCUGUGGGAGUUCUUCCUCGUCCCAGAACUGCAGCCCGAAAUGAUGGCCGAUCGAUCCCGCCGUAAGGCAGCAGUGCUCAUGGAGACCAUUGCAGACGAAUUCGCCCCGGUUUCACACGAGGGAAUGCGUGACACUGAGCAAUUCAUCUCCCAUGCGCAAGAUAUGGUGCGUGGUGUACACGUCAAUACGCGCAGCCUGAUACGGCGUGGACAUGCGCUCCAAAAUAGUGCUUCAGAUAUCGCAGACGCCGUCAACCUCUGUGCUGCUGUUCUCUCCACGUUCCAAGAACCCACCAAUGCCCUCCCGCCUUCUUACAUCGACGCAUUCGCCCGCUAUGGGAAUUGUCUUUCCACCUCCAGCUCCGAUUCCUCCCCUCUCCUCCAAUAUAUCGCCGCGCUUACCUCCUUCGACAACACCACCGCCGCUAUCCUCAAAUCCCUCUCUCGUCCCCUAUCUCUCAUGUCUAACCUGACUUCUACAACACGGAGCGUUUCCCGCGCCCGCUCGUCCCUCAUCUCCUCUUCCCUGCCUCGCAAAUUCAACAUCAACCUCCCCGGCUUCGAGGAAUCGCGGCAGAAGUCCGUCCGCGACCUCGAGCAGAAAAUCCGCGAGGGCGAAGCUCAGGCUUCUCGUCUCGCGAGAGAAGUCUCCUGGAACAAAGACGUCGUCGUCGGUGAGCUAGCCGGGUGGACCACAUGGCGUGAGAAGGUCGGGCGCGACGCCAUCCGGGCUUUUGUCAAGGACACGCUUGUCCGGGAACGCGAGCGCGGGAAACGCAUUGAGCGGUGUCUGCGCAGCGUGCGAGAGAUGAAGUCGUGA